AUGGGCGAAGCGGAGAGCUCGGCUGGGGCAGCGGAGGUGAAGCCCCCCUGCUCUGGCCUGGGCCCUGGGCCUGCUCCGCCCGCGAUGGAGCCCGGGUCUCAAGCGUCGUCGGAGGACGCGGCGGCUGCUAUCGCUUCGGCCGCGAUGUCAGCCACAUCGGCGGCUCCUCCGCCGCCGCCUCCGCCGCCGCUGCUGCCCGUGCCGGUGGUGUGGAGCCCCGAAGUGGAGGUGUGCCUCUUCCACGCCAUGCUGGGCCACAAGCCCGUCG